GGCAGUGCAACAGAAAAACGUCAGGGACCUCUGAAAGAUUUUGAGGCUCACUGAGAGAAGUCUACAGGCUGCCAUGUGCUGAGGUUGAACUUAAUCGAGCCACGACUGUGCUAUGGAGAAGCCGGUCAUGGAAGGGGUGUCCCAUACGCAGGUGGUCCGCUUUGGGAAGAAAUUCUGGAAAAAAGCGUGGCUCAUCCUGUACCCUGGAAGUUCCUAUGGCAUUGGGCGAAUGGAGUUUUUUGAAGUUCGGGACAAGGUAGAAAAGUUGGAAAGCCAGGUUUCACCAUCCACAAAGCAGACCAGGAAAGGAGAGAAGAAACUGAUUCGCCUGGUGGACUGUGUUAGCAUCAGUGGUGCACCAUGUGAGGUCUGUCCCAAAGACACCACUGCAUUCUACGUCAACACUACCCAACGCACCUAUGUAUUUGCCAGUUCAUUGGCACAGGAAUGGAUAGACACUCUGUGCCAGCUGGCAUUCCAGGGAAAUGAGCAAAAAAUGUUGGAUAAAUCCAAUGAGGAAAUGAAGAUGGAAGAAAAUGCCCUUUAUUUGCCAUGGAAGCAGACUCAUGAAUUUCUGGUGACCAUCGUGAAGACUGAUGCUGCAGAACGAUGCCAGCUUGCUGGAGAUUACAUUCUGUUGAGUAACCAAGUGGCCAUAGUCCUGGUGGAGCCUCAGUCCAAACAGGCCUUAUACACGUGGCCCUAUCACCUGCUGCGGAGAUACGGCCAAGACAAGGCCAACUUUUCCUUUGAAGCAGGACGACGUUGUGAGUCUGGGGAAGGGCAAUUUGUCUUCUUUUCCAGCGAGGUGCAAACCAUUUUCAGAUGCGUUGAAUAUGCCAUUGCACAGCAAGAGAAACAGCGCAAGAGUAUAGCAGAAGUAACCCUGGACAAUGACUUCAAUUACGUUUUUGAGGAGUCACAGGCUGCUGCUAGUGUCACCCAAAUGAAGGACUGCAACACAAGAGUCAGGUCAUAUUCUAGCUUUGAGGAGAACAUAGUCAGCAUGGACAAAGAAACAGCUGCACAUAUACCACCGAUGACUAUGCCCAAGACAUAUCCUGUGCCUCUACCACCAGACAAAUCUCAAAAAAACUUAUCUGCACAGAGGAAUAGCUCAGACAGGGAAUCUGAAAGUUUUUUGUAUGCAACCGUAAAUGAGCCUGUGGCAAGCCCUCGAAGGAAGGAGAGUGUUGCAGCAAGGGAGCCAGAUACUGUUAUCAGCAUCUAUCAGAAUGUCGAUGAGUCCCUGAACCAAAACAGCCAUCCAAGCCCUCCUGUUGUCACCAGCAGAAAAAAAACAAAGGAAUUGCCUUUGUAUGACUGUGAAGAUUUUGAGAAAGCCAAUGAAACUCAAAGCUCUAAGAAAGAAAUGUGUUACUCAACUGUAAAGGGGGUAAAUAAGAGAGAUGAUGAAGAUGUCUCAGAGGACAGCGAUUAUUCAGAUAAUGCUCCUCGCUCUACUAUUAUUACUAAGACUGUCAUUCCCAGUGACUUUAAGCAAAGACUUUCCAACCUUAUCUCUAAAGAAGCACCCAAGGGUUUCGUUUCUGUGGCACCCAGGGACCAGAGCUGCUUGGAAUGAUUAAACAGCAAUUGAGAAUCUCCAUUUUACUGUAACAGUCGGUUCUGGUCUUCAAGCAUCAAAAAGGGUUACAGUAACAGAAGCAAAGUGAUGACAUGAAACACUGACACAGCAAAAGGUGCAAUAGAGGUGCGGCCAGGCCAGCCUCCCAUAAGAAAGUGGGGUAGCCAAACCUAGGGCUAAUGCUGCUGGGCUCCACUAUGUGUGGUCUAGGCCUUCUUCUCUUUAUGCAGAAUUCUCACAGCUUCUUCAGUAAUAGCAGUUAAAUAUACAGACAUAGUUAAUUUAUUCUCAUCAUUUAAACAAUCGAGAAAAUGUAAUAUUUAUAGUUAAACAGCAAUCAAUUUAUAAUAAAAAAUAAGGCACCUUGAGUUUCACCAUGUGAAAUGUGAAACUCUUUGGCACUGCUUCACAACAGAAACAGACAGAUAGAUGUUUCAGAUAAAUUUGUGAGGGAAUAUAAUGGAGACAAUUACUGCUCUGCUGCAGUGUACACACUAAAGAUUCCUUUCUGGGGGCUGGGAGCCAUGUUAAAUACACUUUCUCCUUGUUGUGGCCCUGGUAAGUAACUCAAAGCAGGACAGCAUUCACAAGAGAAAUUAACAAACAGUCCACAUCCAAUUGAGAACUACUUUAUUUCAAACCUGAGCUUCAAUAUCAAAGAAAAGUCUGAUGCAAUCAAAGUAACAUUGGAUAAACGUAUUACCUUGUAUGGCUAUAUUUUAUACCAAGGGUAUACAACUCUUUAAUUGCCAAAAUAAAAAUUUCUUUUUAAAUACAGACAGCACAACCAACACUCCCAAUGAAUCCUACUCAUCUUUCCCCCUUCCUUCGGUUGCCUAGCUGCCCUGCAUUCUUCCUGGUUCCAGAUCAAUGCUAAUUCUACCAGAGCACUUCCUGUUACAUCUGUUUGAAAAAUCAUCUUUGUACAGUUGUGUUCUUGGUGUCAGCCAUAUUGUGUCCCAAAUUUCAAAUGCUUCUGCAGUCUUCCAGCCGUGGAGAAAAAAGCAGCUUGUGUUUUCCUGGUUCUAUCACGCAUGCUUUUUGGGUGGCAUUGCUUAACAUCCCUGCUUUUAGUAGAGUCUUGCUUAUCCGACAUAAACGGGCCGGCAGAACGUUGGAUAAGCGAAAAUGUCGGAUAAUGGGAGGCGU